AAAAAAAGAAAGUUCAUGUUUUGCUGUUUAAUUUUAAUAUUAUUAAUUGUAACUAAUAAUUAACUUUACUUAUAACUUAUUUUCAGUGUUUGUUUUCCGUAAAGAAAAUAUAUAUAUAAUGGAUAAACACAACAGCUCAGAGAUAUUAAACUCUGAAUUUUCAUUGUCAAAGAAUGCUAGUUCCGAUUCAUUGGAUUCCGACUCGAAAUCAAGUUCAUUGAAUUCUAAACACGGACAAGAUUCCCCACAUGUCUUGGGGGAUAUACAGUUACUGGAUAGUGAGAAAGUUAUGAGCGUAGCUCGUGAUGUUACAUACUUAUGCCCAUUUAGUGGUCCUAUACGAGGCAUUCUGAAGGUCACAAACUAUCAACUUCAUUUUAGACCUUUGGAUGCUGCAGCUCUGCAGUGUACUUUGAGUGUUCCACUAGGAGUUGUUUCUCGAAUCGAAAAAGUUGGUGGUGCCUCUUCUAAAGGAGAAAAUUCUUAUGGUAUUGAAGUAUUCUGUAAGGACAUGAGGAAUUUACGAUUUGCUCAUAAACAGGAAAAUCACUCUCGCCGUGGAAUAUUUGAGAAAUUACAGCAACUAGCAUUUCCUCUGUCCCAUAAAUUGCCUCUGUUUGCCUUCAGCUACUCGGAACACUUUCCAGAAGAUGGCUGGCAUGUGUAUGACCCUCUUGCAGAACUGCGACGGAUGGGUGUUAACAACGACAUGUGGCGUAUAACGCGUAUUAACGACAAGUACGAGGUGUGCGACAGCUAUCCGUCCGUGUGGGCGGUGCCGGCAGGUGCCAACGAUGACCUGCUGAGAUCUGUUGCCGCAUUCAGGUCCCGCGGUCGAAUACCCGUGUUGGCUUGGAUUCACCCUAGCUCGCAGGCCACAAUUACUCGGUGUAGUCAGCCUUUGGUAGGGGUGAGUGGCAAACGCAGUCGUGAAGAUGAGCGGUACAUACAACUGAUAAUGGAUGCUAAUGCUCAGGCGCACAAAGUGUUCAUCAUGGAUGCUCGGCCUAGUGCCAAUGCUAUUGCAAAUAAAGCUAAGGGAGGAGGAUAUGAAUCGGAAGAUGCUUACCAGAACGCCGAACUUGUAUUCCUGGAUAUUCACAAUAUUCACGUUAUGAGAGAAAGUUUGCGCAAGUUGAAAGAGCUUUGUUUCCCACAGAUUGAUCAAGCCAGAUGGUUUAGUGGAAUUGAAGCCAGUUGUUGGCUGAAACACAUUAAAUGUAUAUUAGCUGGUGCUGUCCGGAUUGUUGACAAGGUUGAGAAUCACAAGACUUCCGUGUUGGUCCACUGUUCUGACGGGUGGGAUCGCACUGCACAAUUAACUGCAUUGGCGAUGCUAAUGCUCGAUCCCUAUUACCGCACGCUGAGAGGCUUCGAGGUCCUCAUAGAGAAGGAGUGGUUGUCCUUUGGACAUAAAUUCCAGUUGCGGAUCGGUCACGGCGACGAACGCCACUCGGACGCGGACCGUUCGCCCGUAUUCGUGCAGUGGGUCGACUGUGUCUGGCAGCUGCAGCAGCAGUUCCCGACCGCGUUCGAGUUCACCGAGCGACUGCUUAUCACGAUAGUCGAUCACCUCUACUCGUGCAGAUUCGGAACUUUCCUCUUCAACACUGAGCGCGAGAGAGUUAAAGAAGAAGUGAAGGUGAAGACCGUCUCCCUUUGGUCGUACAUAAAUAGCCGCCAGGACCUCUACUUGAACCCCUUAUAUUGGGGUCCUUCCUCGUUUGGCACCAACUCGCCGCCGUCGCCUUACUCCCGGCCCCAAGUGGUUCUGGUGCCGGUGGCGUCUCUUCGAGUCAUCAAACUUUGGAAGGCACUGUAUUGCAGAUGGAAUCCCACAAUGAGGCAGCAAGAUCCGAUAUAUCAACGCACUCGGGAGUUGGUAGCAUUGCGCGCGCAACUCGAAGCGGCUGCGAUGGCGGCAGCAGACGACCACGCGGCCAGGCAGCACCGACUCGGCCUGACGCCGCCCAGGGUUGCCAGCCCGCACCACGUCUGAUACUGCCGCACGUGAGUGGGACCAGUCAGUGUACCAGAGUUUAUACAACCACGCGGCCAGGCAGCACCGACUCGGCCUGACUCCGCCCAGGGUAGCCAGCCCGCACCACGUCUGACACUGCCGCACCUAAGGUUGAUGGACAAUAUUCGCUUUUUAUCAACCAUCUCGGUGUAUUUCAUGAUGACGAGCGAGAAAACGGAAUCCCCGAUGUUAUAAGUAUUACAUUUCAUUAUAUUAGUAAAAAAUAAUUACUAAUGUACUUCUUCCGAAAUUUCAGUUGAUGUAAAGCUUGGUAUGUAUCAUUAUUAUAUUAUGAAAGUUACAAAAAAAAAGUUUGCUAUUUACUAAACGCUAUAUAGAAAUAUAAAGGUUGUUUUCUCUAAAAGGUAUGUAAAAACUUUUAAAUUACGAAACUGAAAACGUUUUGUUUUUAUUGCAACAGCAACAAAAUUAUCCAUUAAUUUAUUGUUCUCUCAGAAAAGUAAAAUCGCUGCUUAUAUUCAUAGUAAAUAAAAAUGCCAACAAUUAGAACUUUAUUAUUCAUACUGUCAAAUAGCCUAUUGCUUGUAUUAUUUAAACAUUCGUUAGUUUAGUAAUCGCAAUAUAUACGAUAAAUGUUUGCAUUUAAAAAUCUAUGUGGUUUAUUAAGUAUGUAUAUGUAAAUAAAUGUUAUAUACCCUACUAUAUAAAUAUGUCCAAUUUUUAGUAUUAACUAGUUAAUAUGAUUAUAUAAAAAACUUGCCAAAAAUCACUGAUAACAAUACUAUAAGCCAUUUAAAUUCGCAGUUGUCUGUUGUAGAAAGCUUUCUGUUUUCUCCGUUUACCCUUUGUAUUUCUUUAACGGACAAAAUGGUCGGUUCGACAGUAUUUGUCGAACAACAAAGCUGACCCAAACUUAUUACUGCACUAGUUCGGCUUCAUUUGGAUCGACAUAUCAUUUGAUUUAGCAGUGCUUGUGGAACGAAAAAGCCGAACCGUAGCAACUACUACAUACGUUCUGCUCUACAAUCGGUUCGGUUUUCAUUCGGUCGUUGUCAUUAGGUUUUCAAUCUUCAUUGUGACGAUUUUGAUGGCGACUUCGCACCCAAAAUCUUCUGGGUUUUCGUUAUAACAACAAAACUGGCAGAAACAAACAACAGAGCUCGCGUCUUCGUCCUAUAUUCUUAGCUGAACUAAAAUUGAAGCCGAGCGGGUUGUGAUUCCCGAACAUUCAACUACAUUAUUCGAUUUGACCGCCCGGCUGUAGCUACCCUAAGAUGAAAUUAUAAACAUAAUUCUAGUAAUGGUAUUUUAGUUCAAAAAUUUUUUGGUUUCUAAACAGUUUAAAGUCACAAAUAUAUUAUAAUAUUUAGUAAUGUAUAUAUAGUACAAAAUUUGCCAUAAACGUUGCGUGGCGUUUCAAAGCUUAAUGAUGCAUUAGAAACGAGGUCCAAGACGGGAAUUCAAUAGACGUUAACUUCGCUUUUAUAAAAUUUGUUUGUUAGUAAAAGAUUAAUCUAAACUUGCACAAAAGUUAAACCUGGACCAAAACUGAUGUUGUCACUUUUGUUUGCUAAAAUAUGACAAAGACAAUAUUAGGUUUAAACCAAGACUUACCUUGAGUCGGCAUUUUGGAAUAUAUCACGGAUUAAUAUAAUAAGUUAUUCUUAUUGGCAGAAGUUUUGAUUUUUGCUUAGUGACCCACAAUAUAAAACUAUUAGAACGAAAUAUUUCAAGCUAAAAUGACACGUAUAAAUAAGAAUUUAGUAGAAGUUACGAAAUCAUUUAUUGCAUACAUUUAUAUCUAUAAUUAUGUAGAAUUAAAAAUGUUUUGAUUUAAUUUAAUUGAAAAUAAUUACUAUUCUCAGUGUUCAUGUAGCAUAAAGAAUUAUACAUAUUAAGACUAGGGAUGUAACAGCUCUUGAAUGUUUGGUGUGGCGUAGUAGUUUCCGAAUUAUGUUACAAUGUAAAAUCAAAAAGAUGCACUUUUAGAUACGGGUCAUAGAAUUACUAUAUUUUACAAGAAAGUCGUAGCUUUAAGGCACUUUGCGUAUCAUAUUUCAUAUUAAAUUUAAAGGUAGAAGUCUAAAUAAAUCGUCUACUUAAUUCGGUCUCUUUACCGCCUAUCCUUUCAUCUGUGCUGACUUAUAUUGAUGACUAAGUGUCGCCGCACACGGGCCACCGAACACAACCACAAAACGCCGCCACCGGCAUAUUUCUUGUAGUUUUCAUACAUUUUAUAUGGACUCGCCACACACGGUACGCCGGUGGCCGCCACACGCUACAAAUCGUCGUUGCUCGUUUCUUGCGGCCCGCACCGGCCACUUAAUGCGCCGAUACAAAACGCCGCCACACAUCACUUGCGCGAUUCCCCACCCCGCUCUCCCUUACCUUAGUCGGCCGCUGUCGCGCGCUUCAGCCACUUUAGUAGCCGCUUCUAGCUUCUCGUGGCGGCGUUUGUGGCUGUGGCGUGUGGCUCCUAAGUGGUCGCCAAAACGACCAAGGACCACGCUUUGCAAGGUUAUUAAGCAAAGUAUUCCAUGUAAGACUUUAUUGUUAGAUUUUACUAUAAAUUAUACUUCUAUUGUUUCUUAAUAAAAUUUUUAAGCCAUGACAAAUGUCGUGACAUUACAAUACCAUGAGUUGUAAAAUUAUGUAAACCUUGCAACUUAAAUGGAACUGAGCUGAUUAGAAAAAAUAUGUAAAACUUGCAAAAUUAAUGGAACUGAGCUAAUUAAAAAAAAAUAUUUUAAAUAAUUGUUUAUAAAAGAAUUAUUACGUAUAAAUAAUAAAUAUUAUACCUGCCA